AUGGCUGAUAUUCUCAACUUUAAAGAACCGUUCAAUCCUACGCUUUUUGACCAGCUGGUAUCCUCUGCGCUUGACAAAUCGUCCCCUGCCUCCAAAGAGAGUGACAUAGCACUACACAAAUUUAAAAACAACGAGGAGGCGUAUCUGAGGAUAGAACCUAUUCUGACAGGGUGCAAGCUUACCGAAUCGCACUUUAUAGCACUUCAAAUAUUUGAGAACUUGAUUAAAACGCGGUUCUACACGUUUAAUGACGAACAGAAGGUUAAUUUCAGGGUAUUUCUCUUUAAAUUGAUGGUUGAGAAGAGCCGAAUAAACGAUAUUGCACUACCUAAGUAUAAUCAGGUGUUCAUUAACCUAAUAAAGCGAGAAUGGCCUUCAAAAUACCCGAAUCUGGUAUCGGAACUUAUAAAUACCGCGCAGAGUAUUAAUAUAGCAUGCUGCACGAACACCUUCAGAGUGUUUAAGCUAUUGAUCGAGGAGAUUUACUGUGCACAGAACGUAGAGGUGAAGUUCAGGAAAUAUAAGGGACAGAUCACAAGAGAUGUGCCGCUUAUUCUCGAUUUUGUGAACAUGGUCAUGGAGAAAGGCAAGGGGAUGGACGAGUCUUUGGUGGAAAAUGCGUUUGUAAUGCUCUCCACAUUCGUGAAAUACGUAUUGGAUGAUUUUGAUGAUAAUUUUGUGCGAUAUGUCACAUCAUAUCUGAAUUCGCGACAUACGAUCAGCGUGGUGAAAGUGCUGUACGAAAUCAACAGAAAGAAGGAGAACGAACUCGUGAAUGACGAGUUCUUUCGCUUUCUAUCGAUGUACUUCAACAAAUUCAAGAGUGACCACGGCGCACACAACACGGACAUGUUUUCAAGCAUCCCAGUUGAUGGAUCAAAAUGUAUUAACAAACUCAUAUCGGGCAAUUUCAGGAGAGAAUACGGUAGAAUGACACCCUCAGAACGGGAUUUCCUACUUCAGUCAUCGUAUCUGAUGACGACCAUCAAAAACGAUACUUUUACGCCUUUCGUUAUCGCAUUUGCUGAGCUGAGUGAUCUGCGAAUCUUUAAGGUGCUGCUUGACAAGUUGCCGCUGACAAACAAAACAUUCAGCGUCAUACUCAGCAAAAUGCCGAGGCCAAUCGAAGUUUUGAUCGUAGAAAACGAGGAUGGCGAGAUCGUAAGAGAAAAGGUUGAGGGAACAGAGAACCUGGAGUUUGGAAAGAUGAUGGCGUACAAAGCAUGGCAGUUUGCACACAGCAAUUCGGGAUACGCAAAGUCUCAUCUUUUGCAGAUUCUAGAGAGCCUCUUCAGCAUGGAGGAUGAAAUGAAUUCAAAUCUGCUGAAUCGAAUGUGCUGGACGGUGGGAUGUAUACAGGGUGCCCUUAGCUCUGAGGAGGAGGAUCCGUUCUAUGUCGAUGUGCUUAAGGAUUUGCUCACGCUAUGUGAGAACAGACACAGGAAGGAAGACAAGGCAAUUAUUGCAAGCAAUAUCAUGUAUGUGGUUGGAAAGUACUACCAAUUCUUGAAACGCAACAGAAAUUUUUUGAGAACGGUCGUAAAAAAGCUUUUUGAAUUCAUGAAGGAGGAGUACGAGGGCAUUAAGGACAUGGCGUGUGACACGCUUUUGAUGAUAUGUGAGAAGGUGACAAUCCAGGAUCUGAACCAGGAGUUUGUUGGCGAGAUUAUCGAAAAUCUUAAUGAAAUCACGCUUCUCCUGCAGAAUUACCAGAAGAGAAUCGUGUACACCUCUGUGUUGAUUGUGAUACAGAACAGGACCGAUCUCAUAGAGAAGCUGUGUGCGGUGCUCAAGAACACAAACUUUGGUACGAAAGAGACCUGUCACUACAUAAAAUCACAGACUCUGGUCCUCAGGUACUAUGUGAGCUACGAGGAGGCCAAGUUCAUCCUGAAUUUCUUCAAUAAUAGUGAUUUAUACGUCAAAUAUGACGUACUUGAGUACUUUGUGGCAUAUUUUAGGCAUGUUAAGUUUGAAGAGGCAACGUUUGACAUGGCUGGCUUUUUCAUCAAUUUGGGACCGUUUGAUUUCCGGAACUUGAACGUUUUGAGUGCGUUAAGCGCUCGAAUAAACGGAUAUGAGGAGAACGAGGAUCCCUCGGACGAGAAUGAUGAAAACAGAGUUGAGAGAAAGACAAGGCAGGUAUCUGCAAUUCCGGUCGAUACGCCUAUCACUAACAGUUACUUUGAUUCUAUCAUCAAUCUGUUGAUAAUUCCGUCCAUCCCAGGGAUAAAACGGUCCGAUGAUUUUGCGUACGCGUACUAUAAUUUCAUAGAAAAGUCCGUCAACAUUGUUUUCAUCAACAAAAUUCUCCUGAACGACGAAUUCAUGGAGACCGUGUACGCUGGCCUGACCUAUCAGUACAACAUAUCACUCAAAUGCGUAAAGAUACUCAGCCGGCUGUACCAGGUAUCGGCAGAGCGUGACCUGGUUAUUUUCAUGGAGAGGAAUGUUCUAAGAAGUGUUGAGAACCUGAUAGGAAUAAUACUCGACAAGGACAAGGAGUACAUUUUCAAUGAAUGUGUUGUGUUGCUGCAGUAUCUACUCAAGAACAACUACAUGAAUGCACAGACCAGCCUGUUAGAGCUGCUCUCGGCACUUCAGAACAUCAGUAAGGAGUACGUGCUAUUGUUCAUAAAGGGAAUGGUUGAGAUAAACAGCAGGAAGGUGCUGUUCGAGCAUGUGAAAGAUUUUAAGAUCAGAGCGUUGGAGUACUUCGAUAACGAUGAGUACAACGAUGAGCUGGAGCUACUUGGCGAAAGGAUCUACCAAUAAAUUAUAAUAAAAUGUGCUUGUGGUGUA